GAGAUCUCAGAGAUAGCUAGCACGCAUAGGAAGAAAACAUCUCCCCUGACGCUCCAGAAUCUCAAGCUGGCAGCAUGGCCCAGGCAUGGAGAGAAUGUCAUAGGGAAGGCAGUAGUGACUUCUAGAGAGGGACAAUCUGCCUUGUAAGAGCUGGCACUGUUUGAACUGCCCAGGGGGCGACUAUUCCAUGUCGGAGCAGCACCCCAAAGCCAUUUCUGUGCAGUCUGAUCCGACUGUGCCCUGGAGAGGAGAGAAGCGGAAGAGGAAGGUUUGCAGAGAACUUAAGCGAAGAAAAAGGUGACCGCGAUGCUGCACCAGACAAAACACUGGAGGUCCAUGUGUAAAGGACUUGUCCUGGGAACCCUCCUGACCAGCUUCAUGCUGCUGCUAUACUCCUAUGCCAUUCCACCUCUGCAAGUCAGCAUAACAGAGAUUCCUAUCCCCUAUUCCUGCUCUUCUUACCCCACCCAGGCCCGGAUGCCAGUCACAGCAAAUGGCACCCACAGUUCCCCAGGCCAGGCAUGCCUGCCAAAGUUUGAUGUCAUGUUCAUGAAGACACACAAGACAGCCAGCAGCACCAUCCUCAACAUCCUCUUCCGCUUUGGUCAGAAGCACCGCCUCAAAUUUGCAUUCCCCAAUGGCCGCAAUGACUUCUACUACCCAUCCUACUUUGAGCGGAGCCAGGUGCAAGACUACCACCCUGGUAUGUGCUUCAACAUCAUCUGCAACCAUAUGCGGUUCCAAUACCAGGAGGUACGCAAGCUCUUGCCUGCUGACACCGUCUUCCUGACAGUGCUACGGGACCCUGCCUACCUCUUUGAGUCUUCCUUCCACUACUUUGGCCGUGUCAUCCCCCUCACUUGGAAGCUGCUGGGUGAGGACAAGCUAGCAGAAUUCCUCCACGACCCCUGGCAUUACUAUGACCCCAAUGGGUUCAAUGCUCACUACCUCCUGAAUCUGCUCUUCUUUGAUCUAGGCUAUGACAACAACAUGAAUGCCAACAGCCCUCUGGUGGACCAGUACAUCCAAGAGAUAGACCAGCGCUUCCAUCUGGUCAUGCUGCUGGAGUACUUUGAUGAGUCUCUGGUGCUGCUGAAGGACCUUCUGUGCUGGGAGCUGGAGGACAUCCUCUACUUCAAGCUCAAUGCCCGCAAGGACUCCACUGUCUCCAAGCUGACAAAUGAGCUCUAUGAGAAGGCCACCUCCUGGAACCUCAUUGAUGCAAAGCUUUAUCGCUAUUUCAACACCACUUUUUGGCACAAAGUAGAUGCCUAUGGGCGGGAACGGAUGGCAAAGGAUGUGGCUGAGCUGCAGCAAAAGAAUGAGAAGAUGAAGAGCAUCUGCAUUGAUGGGGGCCACCCAGUGGAUGCCAAUGCUAUCCAGGAGUCAUCCAUGCAACCAUGGCAACCGCUGGGGGAGAAAUCAAUCCUGGGCUACAACUUGAAGAAGAAGAUCAACAAAAAGCAUCAAAAGCUGUGCCGCAAGAUGCUAACCCCGGAGAUCCAGUACUUGACUGACCUGGGUGUCAACCUUUGGCUUACCAAACUCUGGAGUCAUGUGCGGGAGUUCCUCAAGUGGUAACAAAGUGAAAGGCAGCCAUCCCCUUCCCCUGCCUCUACUGCCCCAUCCCCAUUAAGGGAAGAACCAGGUGCUUUUGUUUUUGUUUCUUCUUUACAUCCAUUGGUUGGAUAUGGGACACAAUGCAUCACCGUGAGCAGGACUGGCUUGAGACUCCAACAAGCAAGCUAGAGACUGACCCCCAUCCUGAAGUUCUGGCUACCCUGGGAAGUAUGGUUAGAGACCCAUGUGGGUGGGAGUAAUAAAAGCAGCUGCCACUCUUCUACCUAGUACCCUACCACCAACUCUGUUGAUCCUGCUUUGGUCAACCAAUUCCACUGUCUCUUUCCAAGAGCAAGUUCAGGGCACAGGGAAGGCAGAGAGAGAAGAUCUGGGCUGCAGUGUUGAGUCUAACUGUCUAAGUUUGCAUUAGCUAAGUGCAGGCCCUAAAAAAGAAAGAGCAGGACACAGGACAUUGUAACAAGUUACAUGUUACUCAUCAUUUGUGGUUUUCUGUUCAAGGGAGCUUUUUCUUAUUUCUAUUUGAAAGAGUUGGAGGCAGUAUUUGUGACAGUUGGAUCCCUGUCUGUACCCUAAACAUGCAUUAAUAGUAAUCGAUUGGCCACAGAGCACACAGGAGACAAGCUGUCAGUCAUACAAGGGUUGCAAAUAUGUGUGCCUGACAGCUAUGGCUGUGUGUUUCAGCCUAGUGAUGUAUGUAUGAUUCUCCAGGUAUGUGUUUUAUGCAUGCAAGCUUUACUCUGGCUACUAGAAUUGUUCGUGCAAUACAUUGCAAUGUGUAAAGGAAUUUCGUUGUGUGAAUGAGAGACUGAUACAGUACAUGGUAUAGUCAGGGUGAGUGUGUGGAAAAUAUAUUACAGGAAGCACUGGUGUCAGUAUAUUUGGCCAAUAUGUUUACCAGUGUUUGAGGCUGUAAGUAUGAGAUUUGCAUUACAGUCCUUUAAGAAGUGUGUGUGUGAAGACCAGUUUGGGUGUAUUUGAUGGGUAAAAGUAGUAUAUUACAGUGCAUAUUGAUAUCUUGAUAUGUGUCACUGUGUGUGCUUGUUGUCAGGUAUGUAUAUACGUCUAUGUGUAUUGGAAAGGAAUCGACAUAUGACUAGCAUUAUGUAUUGCUGUAUAUGUUACAUUAUAGUGAGUAUCAAUACCUCUAGGUUUGUAAUUGUGGGUGAUAUAAGACUGAUCUGUGACAGUGACUGGUGCUAUGUGUGUGACUGAUCUGUUAUUGAGUGUGUUGGUGCCUGUAUAUGUGAAUCUGACCUGCCCGUUUAUCUGUAUGUCUGUUUAAAACUGCACAAGUCACACGCUGGUUCAUGUAAGAGAUGACACUCGAUAUUUUCAGUCCAUUCUAAAGACUGAAAUUUGCACUGAUUCACUCUAGCCUAUAGACUGUCAGUUCCAUGUGGCCUGUAUAUAGUCUAUGCGUGGUGGUCAAGAUAAUUCCAUAUGCUGACUAUUAUCUGCAACACAGACAUCAACUGACCACAAUAACUAAGACUUUCAAACUGCACUGAUUCAGACCGUUUCUUUGUGAAUGAAAUAGCGCCAACGUGGACUGUCUUUAGAUACAUUAAGAUGGCUAGUGGGUCAUAUUUAAUCAAACUGGUUCUCCCAUAGCACUGAUUUUGAGCAGUCUGUCUAUGAUAUAUGCCACAUUGAGUGGUCUUUAUUACUAGCUCAGGCUACUACUAGUCCAUACGCCUCGUGUUUUUAUGGAGUUCACUGUGCUCAUGCAGUCUGUAUUUGGCCAUAAGUCACUAUGACAUAUUAUUGACUAGUAGCUAGCAAAAUAACUUUCAUUUGAGUUUUGAGAAUGUUUAUAAAAAUAAAAGCACAAACCUUGUGUAGGUUUUUUUGUGAUCCUAGAGUUCAUUAACAGACUGGCAGAUUUAAACCAAAACAGCAGAUAUAGCAGAAGUCCAGUGGGCCACCUUUGUCAGCCAAGUCUCAGCCUUCAGCAGCUCUUGCCUCUGAAGGUUUCACUGCAGAGAUGUGAGAGGAAAAAGCUGCUCAUCAGGGGUAUAUUCAUACCACUUGUGCAACACUCCCAGGAAACCCCGCUACCUACUGCCUCCUGUUCCCAUGUGCUGUUCCUUGAAAGAGGUAGUGAAGCCAUGCUGAGAGCAUCCCACACCGAUGCUCUCAGGCAUCCUAGAGAAGGAGUUCUUGAGAGCAUGGUAAUGGGUAUACUCAGCCAGCUUCACAUCCUUAUUGAUGGAAUAGACACACACAGAAUGGGAAGGGGGUGCUUUGGUGGCACUCUUGGGGAUAUUGUCAAAGCAGUGUAGACAUAGUGUGACAGAACCUUAGUUGAAAGCUCCUAUGUCUUAAUUUGUAGGUUAGUACUUUUCUAAUCUAAUCCUUAGCUCCAGUCAAGAUGUGUGUAUAGUAUUUACUGGGCCUGUGUGGUCUCAUGGCUCUGAGCUGCCCGUCUUCGCAUUAGAUCAUGGCAGUUCAGGCCUUGCUGCCUAAUUCUCUCCCCACCUGCCACCCUCAAAUCCAAAGGUCUCACCAGUUAGAAGGCCCCGUGGUGCCACUCCCCAAAGAGGAGAUGCUAGACAUAAACUUCGGGAUCUGGUGAAAAUUGGUGUGGACGCAGGGAGGACCUUGUAAAGAGGAUGGGGGAGGGAGGGUUUUUCCCUUGCCUUCUUUUCUUGCUUUCAUACUUCUUUGAGGGAGAAAGAGCCCAGGAGGGGCAAAAGGGAACAGGAAACAAGCUUUCAGUGGCUGCCAAUCUAAUGAUCAUUAUAAGUGCUAGUUGCUAGCACCACAGCCUCUGUACCUCUGUAGCACAACAGGAUGGUGCCAAAGAGCAGUGGCAUCCAACAAGUAAAAAAUAAUAUUACGAUAAUGCAAGUGCAUAUUAGCCUGACAAGGGACAGGGUUGAGUAUGACAGCACCAGGAACUAUCACAAAAGUCUUAGGAGGGAGCCAGGAAAAGGAGAAAGAAAGAGCAGGCACUAAACAGCAGGGAGGGCUUCCAGGACAGUGCUGGUAGAGCCAGAGAGCUGUGAAUCUCUGGGCUAUACAAGGCAUGUGGCCUAGCUGUGGGGGGGAAUGACAUGGGGGGCUGGACUCGAUGAUCUUCCAAGGUCCCUUCCAGCCCUGAUGUCUAUGAAAAUCCCAGCCAUACCUGGAAGUGCAGCCAAGCUCAAGAGAAGCAAAAAAGGGAAAGCCAUUGUCUCUGGGGUGAAGAGGGAAUGUUCCUUGCAGCCUGAGGGAACACUAUACCUGCUGGUUGGUUUGGCUGGGUCAGUUAAGGGAAGGAUUUUGGAGCCACCAAUUGGUGCUGAUUUCCUAUGCAUACAGAAGAGAGGAAUGUGCACUAGUCCACAGUUCACUUGUCUCUAGACACACUGGAGUUUGUGAAGGAAGCAGCUGAGGACUCCCUCAGGCACAGCCAGCGAGGUAGGGGAGAGACAGGAAUAAUAUUAGGGCUUUUCAGAGAAGGGAGAACGCACCUGUUUCACCUGAGAGAGGUCAUUGCCUUUGCAGUCCAGGCUUGUUGGCCCAUUCCUCACCUUCAAGAGGAGCUGGGGUGGUAACACAGCGUGACUUCCUUGCUUUUUCAGCACUGAUCAUCCAAGGGCCCAGGUGGAAGGUUCUGAAGUGACAGGAGGAUGAGUUAGAAUGAGUCAAGAGCGAAAGGCCUGUCUCUCCCCAGCUUCAUGCUGAGCUGCCAGCAGCUGGGUCCCCCUCAGAAGCUACAGCUCUUGGGUGCUUUAGUGCUCACAUUGCAGGUAUUAAUGUGGUGGUUUAUGGCAUAUGUGUAAGGAGCUGGCUACAGAUGACUGGACGCUGGGGUAGGGUGGUAAGUAGGUAACUGCCUGCAACUCAUGUCCUAGGUUCAUACUUGCACCAGAGUGAGAGGCUUCCAUAUAGACAGACCCUUCCAAACACAGGGCUAGCAGGGGAGGUGAGGGCGAGAAGAGGCAGUUUGAUCUAACAAUGAGUCUUGAAUCCCUCUUUGAGCUGACUUCAUGAAGCAGCGGUUGGAUUUGCACAUCUCUGUCCUGUCCCUCCCAUCAUUAGCUGUCAGCAGUACUUCCAGGGUUGUGCAAAGCCUGGAUAACCAAGGGCCUGAGGAUUAUACCUAAUCAAUGGACAAUGGAGCCAACUGCAACUCCUCCUCAGGGAUGGCCUAUGCUUAUAGGAAUUCCCUGGAUGCACUCCAUUAUCUUUAAACUGCUUGGAUGAGGCAUGCAGGCUGGGAUCCAUGCUUUGCAUGGGUAGCCUGUCCUUUUGAAAUAGGAUGGGGGCCCUAGCCUUGCUGUUGAGUGUGAUGAGCAGUAUCUAGCAGCCUUUCAUUUAAAGGGCAGCGCUUACCUCUUCUCCUUGCCACAGCCAAGCGUGUUCCAUUAAUAUUCCUUGGUGCAUGCGUUUAACAUUCUACUGUUUGUAAAGAUGAGAAAUAAGAUAAUUAUAAUUUUGUAAGAUAAUUAUACUGUAUAUUUGACAGUUUUUAA